ACCUCCAAGCUCAACCAUCAACACAAAAACCACCUCACCAACCAACCAACCAACCAAACCCACCCCACCCAAAAACCAACACACACAACAAUGUCAGGAGGCAAAGGAGGCAAAGCCGGUGGCGAGAAAGCUGCCAGCCAAUCUCGUUCGUCCAAGGCCGGUCUUCAAUUCCCUGUCGGUCGUAUCCACCGACUACUCCGAAAGGGCAACUAUGCCCAGCGAGUUGGAGCUGGUGCACCUGUCUACCUCGCCGCCGUUCUGGAAUACCUGGCAGCUGAAAUUCUUGAAUUGGCCGGAAACGCUGCUCGGGAUAACAAGAAAUCUCGAAUCAUCCCCCGUCAUCUACAACUUGCCAUCCGAAACGACGAAGAAUUGAACAAGCUCCUCGGUCACUGUGUUAUCUCACAGGGUGGUGUUAUUCCACAGAUUCACUCCGAGCUGCUCCCAGCCAAGUCAAAAGACAAAGCUUCCAAGGUUUCCCAGGAAGUCUGA